AGUGGAGGCGGUUGUGGUAGUGUAUUGUGUUCGUGUAGUUUUAUUGCUCUUUUAAACGACGGCUCGCUGGGGAAAAUGGUUUCUCUAACAUCCUAUAAAAGGUCAGAUACCAGAAACUGAUGGGGUUUUAAAAGCUGAAUAAAGGAAGAUGUUAGAUGUGCUGAGUCCUCAUCUCAAAGAAGCUUUGGGACCGCUUCACACAGAUUGGUUUGAGCUGCUGACUGCAAAAGUCUCAGCUGGACCUUCUGCUGAAGACCAUGGCAGCACCAGUCCUUCCUAUGUGCAAGAACACUGUUUCAAAACACCCGUUGGGGAAGUUUCUAUGGAAAGUGAGAUUUUUUCCACGCCCAAGAUCUUCAGGGAGAGAGGAACAGAGUCGCCCAUCCCCAUAACUCAGGAUGAGGAGCUCCACCACUCUGACAGAGGUACAGGAGCACCAAAAAUAUUGGACCAUGCUGACAGUCCUUUUUCAUUUGGAUCUGCAAAACACAGCCAUGCAGUCAGGAGCAGUGGAAGAAAUCAGCUCUCAGGAAAUUGUUUUGGAUUUCUGGAUACACCAAGAAGCUCUGUAUCUCAAUCGGUCAAACGUAUCUCUGAAAGCCUGGGUGCGCAGAUAGAUCCUGAUGAGUCCUGGACCAGUUCUCUCAACACACCACCAGUUUUGUCUCCUACUGUAAUUCUGACUAAGACCAGUGACAGUUCUUGUUUGGUAAGCUGCUCUGGAGAUAAACAAGCCAUUUUUGUGCGGAAGCUCUUCCCUUCCCUCUCUGAGGCCUCUGGAAUCAACAAGUUGCCAUCAAAUAAGGACAAAGCCGUACUACAUUUUGAACCUCUCAGGCAGUUUGAAAAGGCUGAAUUUGCCAGCACUGCCACACCAGAUGUGACCCCCAGUGUGUGGAAGCAGAAGAUGCCAGAAGCCAUUCGAGACAGAGAAGUUCGCAGCACAGUGGCAUAUGUGCUGGGCGGAGCUGAGGAUGUCCUUUCUGUCAUCUUCAGUAAUGGAAAUAACAACAGUUUGGUGCAGAAAACAAAAGCCAGUGAGAGAUGCAGGAGGAAUCAACCUAGGUCAACAUGCAAGGAUGCGUUAAAUAACCCUACAGAAGAUACUGUGGCCUCUGUAACAAGCACCAUAGUGGAACUUUGCAAAGAUCCAGUGACAAUAGUGGCAGAUGAAGUCCAACUCAUUGGUGAUUGCUCUGACACCAGUCAUUUUGCAGAAAGCUCCCUUACAGCUGCAAGCUGUGAGAUAACUCAGUGGACUCCACUAACUUUGCCUGAUUCUGAAAUAAUUCACACUGAGAAAGCUCAUUCACUGCCUUCAUCAGAAGGGAACACUGCUGCUCCCUCAAAUGCAUCAGUAGGAAAGCAGCUGUUUGCCAAUCCACCAGAAAGCUUUACUUUGUAUGCAAAGAACGAGGCAAUGGACAGAGUUGUGCCGACCCAUCGUGGCCAUAAUUCAGAUAUGCAAGAUAAAAACAAGUCCCAGUAUCCUGAUUCUUAUAGCACAGGGGGUGAGGAACCAAAAAGUGGGCAGCUGAAGAGUUCACCCACAGAUAACCUGUUACUGAAUGUCCAGGCUCCAGAGCUGAAUCAUAGCUGUCAGCCUGAUGGAGAUACUAGCCCAGGGAAGUUAUCUCAGUGCAGUAGUAAAAUCCAGAAAGAAAAUAGGGUUUUCCAGUCAGGUGGCUCUGAAUUGCUUCAAGUUUCACAGGAAGGCUUUGUUGCUAUGUCAUCCAUUAGGAAACCUCCCAGGAAGUUUUUUUACACUUGCCAGAACCCAGGUAUGUCUGGCCAAACAAGCAAUAGCACAACAGCAAACAACCAUUCUUUUUCUGCACCUGCUGCGACUCCCUUUUCAGGAGAUUCUCCAAGGGAUAUGCAAUCUGGAAGAGCUGUAUUUUUCAGUGAAGGCAAACACAAAAACAUAACCAUGGAUCUGUUGGAUUGUCAAAAUAUGUGUGAACAAUAUAGUGGCAAAGUAGCAGAGAACAGUAAUCCCAUGGUUUCAGAAAAGGAGAAUGGUCUUUGUGAUACAUAUGCUGAGAAUCCCAUGGAGGAUAAAAAUUCUGGUAGAGAAUGCAGCUUAAAGACAAACACUUUUCACAAUCUCCAGAAUGGCUGUACAGGCACUUUGACCUCUGCCAUGCUACAAGGCAUGACCUUUUUAGCAGAAGCAUCUUUAAACAAAGUCAUAUCAAAUACUGAACAUGAGAUGACUACUUACGAACAGAGUGCUUUAAUGAAGGAAAAUUCUGUAGUUUCCAUGGAAUCAACACAUCCUGUUAAUGUCAGUGAAAGUAAUGAUUGUUUAUCAGAUGGAGUGAAGAUGACAUCUGGAAAUCAAAAGUCUGAAAGUGGAUAUUAUACAUCCUGGUCCAAUGUCAUACAGUUUCCUGGAUCAUCAGAUGGCAUCUCCAGACCUAGAAAGGGAAUUCAGCUGGAGUGUUGUUUUAAAACGGCAAGUGAGAAAAUAAUUUCUCUCCCCUGGGAAGCAAUACAGAGAGCAAAAGCUUUACUCAACGAGACAGUGGAGGACAACACAAGAGUUGGACAGUCAAGGAACUUGAUUGAGAAUUCUAACAAUGUAACCCAAAGCAAAGAUUUGGGUAUGGAAGCAAACGUUGGUAUUUUUCAGGUUGUCAGUAAGUAUGAUGAUAAUGUGAGUGAAGGAAAUGGUCACCCCUGUAAGUCAGCUAUGGGAAACAACUCUCAGAGUGCCCCCAACUCUCUUUCUCAUUUCACAGGGCAGUCUCCAUCACACAGUCUUAUUGGCUGUAAAGCUGCCUCCAACACAGUACUACAGGUGUACUCCAAAAAGCUGGCCAGGGCCAGGCAGCUGUUUGAAGUAGAUGAAAAGCAGCUUAAGAAAAAUCCAGACAUCAAUGUGGUCACAGGUAGUGGCAAAGUAGAAAAGGAGGCCCACCUGCAUGGAACAUCAGAGGCGGCACCUGUAUUUCAUGUUUCAUCCUCUCAUCAUGGUCAUUUAGAUGAUUACUGUUCUCUGACAGCAUCCCAGAGAGCUGAUGUUGCAGAGCUCUGUAGCAUUUUGGAAGAGGCAUACACCCAGUUUGAGUUUACACAGUUUCAACAGGAAAAAAAGGCCUCUAACAGAAGGGAUGAACUUUGUCUACAACAUCCUUGUGAUACAGAAAUAGAUCCUGAUUUGCUGAAGGGAAUAGAUUUUGAUGAUAGUUUAUGUGAGAAACAGGUGGACAGACAGGAAAGUGAAGAAAUUGAAGCAUCAGAAGAACUCUUGCCAAACAUCAAGCAAAGUAUGCACGAUUCCAGUUUCAAAACUGAAACUGUGACGAUAUCAUCCUGUGAUUUGGCUGACAAACCCAUGGAAAAAUCUUUGUGUGCAAGUCAGAAGGAUGGCAAUAAUUUCUUAGUCCAUAACAACACAUCCAAUCUUGAAACCUUUUAUUCUGCCCGGAGUGUUAAAAUGACUGUGCCAGAAGAUUAUGUCAAGAAAGCUUCAGGUGUUGGUUUAGAUCUUUGCUGUGUUUUAAGUUCUGUGUCUGAAAAUUCCCAUUCUGUAAAAGAUAAGUGUGAUGAGUUGCAACAUGACAUUUUGAAAUUUCAAAGGCAGGAUUUAAGUAAGGUAACAACAUGUUACUCCACUGAACAAGGCAACCUUAAUACCAAAGAAUUCUCAGCAAAAGAAUUACACAUCACCUCUGUGUUUGAUAAGGGAAAGCAGAGUCUUGAGAAUGUCAAAUGGAAAAAUUUCAAAAGUCACAAAUCAGGCAGCUCUAACCUUGCUCAUUGUGUCGAUUUUAAAACUCCCACGGGAAGUGCUGUGAGCAUCUCUGAGAGAUCUCUGAGCAGAGUGACAGCAAUGUUUGCAGAUUUAGAGGAGGACUACAGAAGUGGAAAUGAACAAAGGAACAACUCUCACAUGAACUUGAAGAGGCACAAUGCUGAGAUGAAAAAUGAGUAUUCACAGGCAAAGUAUGAUCAUUCAAAAGCAGAAGACACUCUGAAUUGCAAUUCUGCUAUAGAGUAUAGUAAUAACCUGAUUAGAGAGAGUCUUUCUAAAAGGCUAUGCUUUGAAGUAAACAGCACUGCGAAGGAAUUUGAUACAAGUGCUUUACAAACUAAAGAAAUGUCAAAAAGAGAUUUUGUAAAAAAUGCCUGUAAUCUUCCAAGUGGUUCUGGGUAUUUAUCUGUUGAGGACAAGGAGUCAGAAGAAAACCUUCAGCAGAUUAAAUCGCAACUAAAAAAGCCUGUUGAAAAUUCCUCAGAAUGUGAGCAUUCCAUAGGUGACAAAUUUCACUUGUCCCUUAGGCUUCAAUGUGAAAAAGAUGCAGGUUUCAAAACGGCUAGUGGUAAAUGUGUGUUCAUUUCAGAGAAGGCACUUGAGCAGGCAAAAACUAUAUUCAGAGAUUGUGAUGAAACUGCAAGUUGUGAAAUUACACGUGUGGAAAAUACCAGUGGCAAUGAAAUUACUCCAGCAAGCAGUUCUGCGUUCACCUUUGCCAGUGGUAAAGGGGUGUCCAUUUCAGCACAGGCACUUCAGCAAGCAAAAGCUGUAUUCAGAAAUCGUGACAAAACCACAAUUUAUGAAAUGACUGCCUGUGUUGACAGGAAGACCACUGAUGGCAAAAAUAGUGGUGAAGGGGUGUCCAUUUCAGUAGAAGAAAUUGAUAAAACAAAUUGUUUCUUGAAGGACUGCGAUAAUAUAUUAACGAGUGGAACUGAAAUGAAGAAACCUGUUGGAAAGGAUGAUUCUGGCACUUCAGGAUCAAGCCAUUUUGGAUUUAGUAACACUUGUGAAGAAGAGAUGUGUGUCUCUGAAAUGCUGCCUUUAAAACCAAAGGCACCUGUAAUAGAAUAUGAUAAACCUACAGAUCAUACAGUUUUUGGCUUGACACAUGAAAUAAGCAGUGGUUUUAGCACAGCCAGUGGUAAAGGGGUAUCUAUUUCAACCAAGGCCAUGCAAAAAGCAAAAGCGCUCUUUGCAGCAAUGGAGGAUACUUCCUUUUGUGAUUCUGGCACACAAGACAUGAACAGAGAUGGAAGAUCAAAUUUCACUGAUUCACUUUGUGCAGAGACAAGAAACUGGGGUUUCAGCACGGCUGGUGGAAAGAAGGUGACUGUAUCUGAGAUGGCCUUAAGGAAAGCCAGAGGUCUUCUGGACCAGUCAGACAACAUUGAAAAAGCCAAGCCUGAAAAAUAUUUUGGAACACUGAAAUGUACAAAGGAUAAUGCCAGACCGUUGGAGUGUCAGAAUAGCAAAGACAGCAAUAAAGGUUUGUCCACCUCACUAAAAGAGGCGGGUGAGGCACAGUUGAAGUUUUAUGACUGUCUGGAGAGUGAAAUGCAUGGUAAAUUUGAAAACCAUGUAAAAAUGGAGUGUGGCUCUGGACUUUGUGAUUCAAAAACAGUAUCGUGUAGUUUCAGAACAGCUGGUGGCAAAGGUGUUGUUAUUACAGGAAAAGCACUUAAGGAGGCAAAGGCCCUGUUUGAGGACUGUGAUAAUUUAGAAAAUGUAACCUGUCCGAAAAUUAACAGACCAGCUAGAAAGAGUAGAAGCUUCUAUUCUGCUCAUCAGAAUUCAGGUGAUGGUCCUUUUAGUGACAGAGAGACUGAAAUAAUCUCUGAAAAUUCUUGCCAAAAAGAAGCUUUGCUGAGCUGUGACAGAAAUGAACAAGCCAAUGGUCUACAGAAAGUUUCUAAUACCAAACUCAUUGCAGAGCAAGCAGGAGCUCAAAAGAAGCUUGUGGAGUCUUUGCCAUCAUUAGAGGUGCCUCAACAAAAUUCUUCCUUAUUGAACCUGGGGUUUAGUGGUUGCACCAUGACCCAACAAAAGUACCUUGAACAGGAGGCUAUGGCAUGUACGAAGGCAUUGCUAGAGGAUGAAGAGUUCACCAGGAAGAUUUCCCAGCAGCACUUGGAAGAUUCACCUUGUGAACCACAUACUGCAUCACAACAUCUGGAUCAGUCAAACUCUACAGAGCAAAGAAUUAAAAGUCUAAAAAGGUUUAGGCCAGUGGACUUUCAUUGGAAAGAUCAACCCCCUCUGAAACGACAGCUUCUGACAGAAUUUGAAAGAACUUCAAAUGGUGGAAAGCACUCUUACCUGACCCCUUUAAAAAGCAGUCCAAAUGGUACACUGAAUGACAGGAGAACCUUCAAGUACAGUAUGCCCCUACAACCUGUCGUGACUCGGCCUUCUUUCAAUAAGUCAUCUGAAGAGCUAAAGCUCCAAAAGAAAUCGGAGAUGCCCCACAAGAAUAGCAAGCAUAUGAAGCCUACCUGCAAUGCAUUUCUGCCCCCAUUUCAGAAGCAACUUGGAGCAAAAAUAGUGUGUGACACUGGAUCUCAAAGGCCAAGCAGACCCACAGGUACCUUUGUGCCCCCUUUCAGAAGUAUCCACUUCAAGAUGAACAGUGAUCUUAAAGACAACCCAGCUGAAGUCCCAAAAGGAAAGCAAUCUACUUGUAAGUCACAAGCUUCAGCAGCACCCAAUGUGUUUGUCCCUCCUACUAAAAAGAAGCCAGCAAGUGUUUCUGAGUUAGGUGCCACCUGUGAUGCAGGAGAGAAGGGAUUAAACUGUGGGGCACCAAACCCAGCACCUGCCUUACCAACUGAGGAGAAGGCCAAUUGCUCAGAAACCCAGCUUAUGCCCCUUGAGAACUUGCAGAAUGCUCGAGACCUGCAGGAAAUGCGAAUAAUGAAGAAGAAACGACAGACCAUUCGACCCCAGCCAGGGAGCCUCCUGCUUGCCAAAACAUCUGGGGGUCCUAGGGUAUCCCUAAAAAAUGCUUUUGGAGGGAGAACUCCCACGCGAUACACGGAAGAGGAGUUAUAUAUACAUGGUGUCCACCGGUUCGUCUCACAGAUAAACAGCAGCAAUGCAGAGUCUUUGCACUUCCACUGCAGUGACUUUUUUAGACAGGAGGUGUUGACAGAAGGGUGUGGAGUUCAGCUGGGUGAUGGUGGUUGGUUGAUCCCUACGAAUGAUGGAACAGUGGGAAAGGAGGAGUUCUACAGGACCUUGUGUGACACUCCUGGAGUGGAUCCCAAGCUAAUCAGUGAGAGCUGGGUGUACAAUCACUAUCGUUGGGUGGUUUGGAAACAGGCCUCCAUGGAGAAAUCAUUUCCUGAGCAGCUGGGAAGCCGGUGCUUGACUCCAGAGCAGGUUCUGCUUCAGCUGAAAUACAGGUAUGAUGUGGAGGUAGAUCAGAGUCGAAGGUCUGCGCUGAGGAAGAUCAUGGAAAGGGAUGAUACUCCAGCUAAGACCCUUGUGCUCUGUGUCUGUGGCAUUGCCUCUAAUGACUCCACCUUAAACCUACCUGCUCAAUCUGAAAACAAGACCAUUAAGGAUGUAGAUACCAAGAAUUAUUUGCCCACAGGGGUUAUUUGGGUAACAGAUGGCUGGUAUGCCAUCAGGGCACUGCUAGAUGCCCCACUAACAACAAUGGUACGGAAAGGCCGCCUGGCAGCGGGUGUGAAGAUUGUGACCCAUGGGGCGGAACUUGUGGGCUCUCAGGAUGCAUGUACCCCUCUAGAGGCACCCUCAACUCUCAUGCUCAAGGUCAUGGCCAACAGCACCAGACCAGCUCGAUGGGAUGCCAAGUUGGGUUUCCACUGUGACCCUCGACCUUUUCGUCUACCCCUCUCAUCUCUGUACAGUAAUGGAGGCCUGGUGGGCUGUGUUGAUAUUGUUGUGCUCAGAAGUUAUCCAGUCCAGUGGAUGGAAAAAUUGCCAAAUGGUGCUUUUGUGUUUCGCAAUGGCCGCGCGGAGGACAGAGAAGCUCGUAGACACAGUGACACGAAGCAGAAACACAUGGAGGCCCUCUUUAAUAAGGUUCAAGCCCAGUUUGAGAAGGACCAGGAGGUGAAGAGCAAACCUAGGGGCCGAAGGCAGAUAUUCACACGCCAGGAGAUCGAAGCUUUGCAGGAGGGGGUGGAGCUGCAUGAAGCUGUGGAUAGUGACCCAACUUGCCUCGAGGUUCUCCUUAGUGAGAAGCAGCUGGAGACACUGAGGAACUACAGGCGGUCCUUGGAGGAGGAGAAACAGGCCCGUCUGCAGGAACAGUUCCGCCAGGCCCUGGAAGAGGCUCAGAAGGCUAAAGUGAGCUGUAGUGACAGAGAGGUGACGCCUGUGUGGAAACUCUGUAUCUCUGAUUGCCAGGAACAAGCAGAUGGCAGAGGAUACUUUUUAAACAUCUGGCGACCCUCAGCAGAUUUGCAAACCUUGCUGAAGGAAGGCAGCUGUUACAGGGUCUAUAAUCUUGCCACAUCAGAGGCCAAGAAACGAACCAGCAAUGUAUCGAUCCAACUUAGUGCCACCAAGAAAACACAAUUCCGGCACAUUCAGACAUCCUCAGAAGCCUUGAGUGAAUUGUUCCAGCCCAGAGUGUGUGUCAGCUUCCCGACUUUGUUGAACCCAGGGUUCCACCCUUUGUGUAAGGAGGUUGAUGUUGUGGGGUUUGUCAUCUCCAUCACUGAUAAACAAUGCAGCUUUCCGGUGGUUUAUCUAGCAAAUGAGUGCCUGGACCUGGUGGCUGUGCGGUGCUCCUGCAGUCUGGCCCAACUGGCUGUAGAAGAGGUGGUGAGACCACAGGCCCUGCUUGCUUUCAGCAACCUGCAGCUGUGCUGCGACACAUCUGCUCCCAUGCCUGUCCUGUAUGCAAGUGACCUAGCACUGUUUUCAGCCAAUCCCCAGGAGCCACACCUACAAGAGGCUUGUUUACGAAUGAAGAAAGCUGUCCAGGGACACGAGCACUUCUUUGGGACAGCAGAAGAGAAGCUUUUCAACAUUAUCCUGUCGGAUCGGUGCUCUUUACCUUCUCCUAAAGUAGAGGCUUUCACUCCAAAAACACCAUGCUGGAGCACGCGACAGCCAGACAAAAAUAUUGACACUACACCGACCCCUCCAAAACCUGUUGGGUGCACCACACUUGUAAAUCAGAAGCCCCCUACACUUACCAGCAAUUCAGAGGAACAGGAUCCCAAAAGGCUAAAAAGGAAGCGGGGCCUGGACUACCUAUCCCGCAUCCCCUCUCCUCCUCCUCUCCAGCCACUUGGAACAACUGCGUCACUGCCUGUGAGCAGAAAUUUUCUACCCCCAAGGCAAUCUGAGACACCUGGUUCUGUGGACAAACAGCAAAGGCCUGUAUCUCGCUGUCCUCCUACGGUGGAGGAUGACUGGGUGAAUGAUGAAGAACUGGCUAUGAUCAAUACCCAAGGAUUGAUGGAUUAGUUGAGGGAGCUCAAGAAACUGUUGCUACAAGUAAAUAGGUUUGAUUGUAAUAUAUGUUCAAAUCUUAAGUUUAUGCCUACAACCCAAGCUUUACUUCUAGUGUGGUAGCAGCGUGGCAGAUUAAUGCAGAACAUGUUACUGUUGUGUACAUUUUUUUUAUAGCUACUAUAACUGCAAUAAAUCUU